CCUCCCUAGAACCAUUUAGAUCUCAUUUACGACCCCGUCAUUUCAAGCGAUUUACUCCGCGCUUCUCUGCAGCUCCAAACCCCCUUCGAUCCAUCCGUUUCCUCUUUCCUGUUGGAGCUUCCGCCCAGGAAGACAUCCGGUGUCGUCUUUCCAUCCAACUUACCUCAACUCACAUCACCUCAUCAAUCAUGGAUCGUCUCAAUAGAAUGCUGCAGGCUGCCCAGGGCAUGGGCAUGGGCGGAGGAGCUCCUGGUGGCGAUACUCCCAACCUGAUCGAUAACUCCGAAACCGUUCACAUCUCGUCGCUCGCUCUGUUGAAGAUGUUAAGGCAUGGUCGGGCAGGUGUUCCUAUGGAAGUCAUGGGUCUCAUGCUCGGUGAAUUCGUUGAUGAAUACACGGUUCGGGUAGUUGAUGUCUUUGCUAUGCCUCAGAGUGGUACGGGUGUCAGUGUCGAGGCGGUGGAUCCUGUCUUCCAGACCAAGAUGAUGGACAUGCUGCGGCAAACUGGACGGCCCGAAACCGUCGUUGGCUGGUACCACUCCCACCCUGGUUUCGGUUGUUGGCUUUCGUCCGUCGAUAUCAACACCCAGCAAUCAUUCGAGCAGCUUACCCCCCGUGCCGUGGCCGUUGUCGUUGAUCCCAUCCAGUCCGUGAAGGGCAAGGUCGUCAUCGACGCUUUCCGUCUCAUCCAACCUCAGACCGUCGUCAUGGGCCAGGAGCCCCGUCAGACCACCUCCAACCUCGGUCACCUGAACAAGCCUUCCAUCCAGGCCCUGAUUCACGGCCUCAACCGACACUACUACAGCAUUGCGAUCAACUACCGCAAGACGGGUCUGGAAGAGAACAUGCUGAUGAACUUGCACAAGCACGUCUGGACGGAGGCACUGCAGAUGAAGGACUUCCACGACGAGGGCGAGCACAACGUGGAGCGCAUGAAGCAGCUCGUCAGCCUGGCUGAGGGCUAUGAGAAGCGGGUCAAGGAGGAGACGGAGUUGAGUAAGGACCAGCUCAAGACGAGAUAUGUUGGAAAGGUCGACCCGAAGAAGCACAUCGAAGACGUCAGUCAGCAGCUGAUCGAGGAUAAUAUCGUCGCUGUCUCCCGACAGAUGAUCGAUAAGGAGGCGUCCGUGGCACGGCAAUCCAAUGGAGCCGAGUCUCAGAACGGCGCUGGUAUGGAAGUGGACGAAGAGCUCUAAGCAUGUAUUAAGCUUCUGAUCAACGUAUAAUAUCUGUCUCUGAAUGCAUACCACGAGUGAAAGCGAUUUCCUUCUUACUGGACAGGUUUCAUGUGCGGAGACGGACGAU